AUGCUCUCUUACAGCUGGGCCCCUGUGAAAGUCGAUCCUACCCCUGUCUCAUUUCAUCUCGUCUUCCUCCCCGAUCCCCUCUCUCCGCUGGAUUCCCCUCCGUCCAUCCCAGCGGCGCUCGCCACGUGCCGGGACACGCGUGGAGGGGCCUCCCCUUCUCCCUCCCUCCUGCUGCCCUCAGAUCACGGCCGCAGCAGAAGCGAUGGCCGCCGCCGUCUUCCGGCCUCCUCCGCGCGAGGCGAGGAGGUGGAGGAGAAUACCGCACGAACAACCGGAGCGGCCGGUGCCACCGCGACCCCGGCGACGGAUAUCGACACGGAGGGACGUCCCCCGCGACCCCGCCGCAUCCUAGACUCCGGGUUCCUGCCCCCGGCCACCUCCAUGUCCCUCGCCGGCUUCAGAUCGGCCCCGAAGAAGCAACGGGCCUGCGAUUCAUUCCCAUCGUCCCAGCCCCCAUGCUCCGCCGUGGGCUGUGGCCAGCGAGGCGGCGAGAUCCUCCUCCUCCGCUCGCCUGUCAGGCUGCCACGGCCCAUCCCGUUUGCCGCUGUGCGCAGACCAUCAGGAAGAAGAUUGCCAUGUGGCACGACAUAGCAGUGCUGAGCAGGGUAGGGAGACAGCGGAUGGAGCCAAGGGUAGCGCAGAGAAAGGACCGAGAGGGGGUCGGGAACACUUUGUUUCCCCGCAUGAACGUAGAUGUAAAAGACACACCUAAUGGACGAAGGAAAUCAAAGGGUAUGGUUGCCGAGAGGAGGAAAGCAAGCAGAGUAUAUUUGCUUCUGUUAUGAACUUGUGGUAUCGUGCUCGGCAUAUACAAUGGAAUAGAACAACACUUCGACCAACGUCUCUACACAUAUCGCUUUGUUGAUCCAUAUCAACGGCUACGGGGGGCUUACUAGUAAAUGACCAAUGUAGCUUUUCAUUUGCCAGAUACUUGUAAACUAUUGAUCCAGCUAUGCAAUCUGUUAUCCAGCAAGACAAAAAGUGUUAGCCAAGUGAUAGGGAGUGAUGUACCACAGGAGAAAAUCCCUUGAAUUAUGUUAUCAAUGUUUGUACAUGGUGGA